AUGGCCGGUGCUUUCGCACGGUGUUUAGCGCUGCAAAGCCUAGCCGCCCUGGCUGUGUGCGCCGAGCGGAUAAGCAAGUACUGCGUUGUAGGCGCUGGCCCUGCAGGUAUCCAGUUGGGGCACUUUUUCAGGAAUGCCAGUUUAGAUUACGUCACCUUUGAGCGUCAGGCGCAGGCAGCCACAUGGUUUCGGAAGUUCCCGAUCCAUCGGAAGCUGAUCUCCAUCAACCGCCGCAACACGCGCUCCAAGAAUGCAGAGUUCAAUCUUCGACACGACUGGAACAGCCUGUUGGAUGUGCCCAUCGCGCGCUUCACCAACUGGACGGAGGACUAUUUUCCUUCUGCCGAUGUCCUGGCAGAUUACCUCCAGGCCGCAGCAGAUCUGCAGGGCGAGGCGAUUUUGUACAAUCACUCUGUCCAAAGGAUCCGGCGGUCCGAUUCAGCCGCCAGAACGGGCCAGUCCAACCGGUUCGAGGUAUCCGUGCAAGCCCCCACAGGCUUGCUGAUCUGGAAGUGUACAGUGGUCAUUGCGGCCGUGGGCUUAUGGCAGGCACAUGUGCCCGAGAACUGGAUACGUGGCAUGGAGCAUACCAUCGGCUACGAGGAGUUAGCACCCUGGCCUGGUGCCGCCGCCUUCGACCAGCUCUCGGUGCUCAUCCUGGGAAAUGGGAAUGGAGCCUUCGAGACCAGCGACGCGGUGCGGAACUUUGCCGCAGACAUCGGAAUCCUGGGCCGCCGAGAGGAACGCUUCGCUCAUGAGUCAAACUAUGUGGGGGAUGUGCGCGCAGCACGGCUGACGUCUCUGGAUUCACUUCACCUGAAAUCCCUUGACGACGUCUUUGCGCUCGUGCCAGCAGCAGGUCGGCUCCUUGAGCUGCUGCCCUGUGCCAGUGCGGGCCCAGGCACUGGCGAGGCCGGGAACGGCUGGCCUGAGAACGCCUUCGACACCGAGCUGCAGGGCUUCCGGGGCCGGCCGCCCGUCUGCGCAUUGCCGGACAACAGCAAGAAGGAAUUUUUGCUGGCAGAUCACGAUCCCGAGAAUCCAGCAGUACAGGAGGCGCUUGCCAGAUGGGCGGAGCACAUUCAUGUACGCAACGGCAGCGCCGUGUACAGGUCGCAUUUCAAGAAGGCUCUGAAGCAGCUCGGCAAGCAGGCAAAGCAUGCCGUCCCCGGCAUUGACGAUGCCAUCGCCGGGCGCACCCAGGUGUGUCUCUCGCGCCAGCAUGAAGCCACAUCACAUUGCCGUGAGUCCGCCGAGUUUCGCUCGGCGCUGCCGGCGCUGAUGGCGAGCACCCAGGGCCUUUAUGUGGAGCACGACCGCUUUCGCAAGCCCUUUGACGUUGUUAUCCGGGCCUUGGGCUGGAGGAUGGAGCCGGAGCCCUUCCAGGAGCUUAGUGUGCAACUGGAUGCCGACAGGAAGUACCCGGAAGUGGAUGCCUGCUUUGAGUCGACAGAGCCAGGCCUGUACUUUGCAGGCACUGUUACACAUGGCUUCGACAAGAAGCGGUUCGGCAGCGCGGGCGGCUUCAUCCACGGCUUCCGCUACACAGCGAAGACGCUGUUUCGCUGCCUGACGCACCAGUUCGAAGGAAGGCCCUUCUGGCAAGAUAGCCAACACCGCUACGAGUGGCCUGGUCCGGGUGCCGAAGCCGCUUGUGAGGUCGGUCAAGAGCCGGCUACAGGGACCAAGAGCAUCCAGCGGCUCCGCAGGAGCCUGGAGACAACUCCGCACUGGAAUCGGCUCCUCACGCGGCUCAACGAAGCAUCCGGGCCCUACCAGAUGUCCUGCGGGGCCCUGGUGGAUGGGCUGGUGUAUGAUCGGCAGCAGCUUCGGGUCACGUACUACCAGGACAUCCCCAUAGACCUGUUCGAGGCGGAGUUCCGGCAACACCCUCGUCUGUACUUCCAGUUCCGCUACGGCAAAAGCAGCUACCUCCAACGGUCAGACUUUUUGCGAACCCGGCUGGUGGCGCACAAGUCGUCCUUCCUCCAUCCGGUGCUCUUCUAUUUGAUGCCCAACAAAAGCGCGGAGAAUCCGAGCCAUUCCUCGCGCUUGCACUUAGUCGAGGAUCGGUGGACCGACUGGGCUGGUCGCGAAGAGGUAUUGGCAGUCCAUAACUUCUUGUCCGAGGUGGAAAAAUCCAUUUGGCAGGAUGUGAAGCCACCCAAGUUCCACGAAGGCAUCGACAAUCUCAACCUCACCUGCAACCAUUUUGAAGCCGGAGAGGACGAGGAAGAGGAUUACGAGAAGUAG